AUGAGAGGUCUGGAUGCCGAGAAAGAGUAAGUUAUGCUUUUUUCGUACUAUCGUAUGUUAUGGUGUUACACUCCAUUGGUAUGUCUUCAUAUAGUAGCGUAUAUUGUGGUACCGUUUUUGUCAUAGCAUCAUGUUUUACACUAGUAUUGUCAGUCUGUCUACAAGCCAAAUUUUAAGCGUUUUUUGUGUUUUAUAAGCCUAAUUUUAGGCUUUUUAAGCAAGUUCUAAGCCUACUUCGUUUUAGAGAUCAAAAGACGGUGGCAGUGAAGCAGUCGGACAUUGCCCUUCACUUUGCCGCAGUUGGAGAAUGGUUGUCGAAUGAGAGACGAGCCAAUAACCGUCGCUUCAUCGACAUUGAGCUGAACAUGAACGGCCAAAAGGACUACCUCCACUCGGCCGUGGCCUUUGCUCACUCCAGCUAUCUCAGAAAUGUAAGUUUAUAUUGGCAUUUUUGACCUUAUCUUAACAUUACUGGCUUAACAUUACUUUUGUGAAAUCUAGUUUAGUAAGAGAAGUUUUGUUAAUAUCUAAACUUCAAAAACUCGAACCUACCUUAAUAUUUAAAAAAACACUUCAACCUACCUUAAUAUUGCCAUUUCCAGCUCAUGACCCGUCGCCGUCCGCCGUUUUCCCUCAAUUUGGACAAUUUCCGACCACGCACCGUGUUCAAGGUGGUCGACUGGAUGUAUCAUGGCCACACCGACUUCUCGGUCGAACAUAUUGGCAACUACCUCGAAGUAACCGCCUUUCUUGGUGUCGAUGAUCUUCAUCGUCAUCUGGAACAAACGUUCCGUGCUUUGGCCCAAAAGGAAACGUUCAGAAUAUAUUGUAUGAAUUUGGCUUCCAAUCCGAGAUAUCAGGUAAGAAGGUUUUUCGAUAUGAUUGCCGAAACUUCUAGAAUAUGAGAAUAUUGUGAUCAUUGUCUCUAUUGAUCUAGUUUUUAUCCCCGAGCGAUUCGUUACACAGUAAUCUUACUGUAUUUGUUGCCGAUACCUUACCCAAACCUUUGCAGAUCUCGGCCAACUCGCGUCGCAACCUGGUCUCGGACAUUGCCCGCUUCCACGACGCCCUCUCCACCGAAGACAUCAAAAGUUUGACCCCGGAGAGCUGUUGCAUCCUCGUCUCGGAACAAACCGUCUCCUUCAACGAGAAACUCGACCUCAUCAACCUGAUCAUCUUUUGGCUUCGCUCGGACGAAAAGCAUCGCUACGCCGGCAAAAUCCUCUCCAGUAUCCGCAUCGCCAACAUUAGCGAGCGCGACAAUGCACGCCUCAUCGAGCAUCUGAUUCAGCGGAUGAGCGUCCCCAAUUGCCCCAACUUUUACGUAUAUGGCAAGGGUCGUGACACUGUGAUGGUCAGCACCAAUCCCCAACGCUUCACCAAGAAUUGUGUUGCUGUGGUGACUCCGGCCGAGGAGAAGUUGUAAGUUUUUGGGAAGUUUUGUCAUUUUUAAAGAAAAAAUUAUCAUUAAAAACGAGAUUUUCCGUUUUUUCUUGUAAUGUUUUGGGCGCAGCUUGCGAAUAAUUUUUGCGCAGCCUGCAUGGGACAUUUUAUACGAAAAAGUUUUUGUACGAUGUGAAGAACUUUAAUUUUAAAAUAAAAAGAUACUUUUACAAAAAAAAUUAUUUUAAAUGAAAAAAAAUUAAAAAUAUUUUCAAUUUCAGCAGUUCGACCAAUGUGGACUUGGACGAGAACGAAAAGCAGCGGAAUCGCAUCGAAGCGUCGAUGAUUCAGGAAAUCAACAAAUUGCCGGACUUUAGCGUGAAGAAGAGCCGUUCCAACGUCCGUUCCAGCGAGUCUGGUACUCGUUUUGGCAAGAACCCUACGGAACACAGAUUUUUCCCACAGAGCAUGGGGUCGGACCAGCCAUUUGACGAUUUUAAUCGAAGCGGACGGGCCAGUCGAAGCCAGACUCGUAGGUUUGGGUUUUGGGGUUGAAAUGCUAUUUGUUCUUUGCUUUUUAGGCUUAACAUGAAGUUUUUGACGUAAAAUGAGUUUAAAAUUAAGUUUUUGGACUGAAUGAGGUUUAAAAUGUAUUUUUUUUAUAUUGUUAUAGGCUUUAUGUUUGAUUUUUGACUUGAAAUGGUUUAAAAUUGACUUUUUCAGGUGCAAGACAAGACAGAAGCUCAACUCAAAGAGGCUCGGAUGACCGUUCCAAUUCAAGUGCUGCUUUUGGUGGCCGUCGCUCGGAAUCCAUCGAUUCGGCCAAUGAACGUCUGGGUCUUCAGUUUGGAGUCGAUCGUGAAGGGCGGUUUGUUGGAGCCAAGGAUCGAGGCAGAGAUCAAUACUCUACGAGAGAUGCACUAUUUGGUACUAGAGAUGAAGGCUAUGGUGGUAGAAAUGGAUAUGGGGCUAGAGGUCAAGGCUACGGUGCUAAGGAUCAAGGAUAUGGAGGUAGAGAUGGAUAUGGCAUCAGAGGUCCGGAUUCUGGCCCCAGAGAUUUGUCACCAAGUCAAAAGUUGAUCAAUGGUAGAAUGUUUUCGGAAUCAGAGGUCGAGGAACACAAUCAGCUGCCUCCAAGCUCAGAAGUCUUUAAAGAAGCUAGCUACAGACCUCAAAGAAGAUUCUCGAAGGCUUCUGUGGUUGAAUCUUCUGCUUCUGAUACUUUGGGUAGGUUUAAGGGUUUUUGAUUGGGUAGGAAGGGUAAGGUUUUGUAAUUUAAGUUAAGGUAAAGUACGGUAGGGUAAAUUACGGUAUGUUAAGGUAAAGUAUGGUAUGAUAUCUUAAGAGAGGUAAGGAUAUGGUAAUUUAGGAUAAGGUAAGCAGAGUAGACUAACAAAUGGUAAGUUACGAUAAAAUUUUGCUUUUUCCAGAUGGAUUCCGUCGUCCUCGCAGUGCAGGAUCGGUGCCGAGCAGCCUGUGGCAAGUGAAACCGAGUUCGAGAGAUCACAGCUUCAGAGAAGCAGAUUCCAGAGAUAUAUCCCCGAGCCAAAGACUAAUCAAUGGUCGAAUGUUUUCCGAGUCCGAGGUCGAGGAACACAACCAACUGCCUCCAAGCUCCGAAGUGUUUAAGGAAGCCGGCUACGGAAGAGGUAAGGCUUAAUAUAGGGAAUGUAUGGUGGAUUUUGAGGUAGAGCAAGGUUAGGAUAGGGUAGCGUAAGGUAAGGUAAAGCAUGGUAAGGUAGGGUAAGGUGGUGUAGGGCAAUGUAAAGUAAGGUAAAGCGUGAUAAGGUAGGGUAAGGUAGGUUAAAGUAUGGUUAGGUAGGUAUGGUAGAGUAAGGUGGAGUAGGGCAGUGUAAGACACAUCUAAGUAUGUUAAGGUAGGUUAAGAUAAGAUAGGAUAGAGCUAUGGUGGGUAAGAUAGGGUUAAAUUAAUGUGGAUUUCGCGGUAGAGUAAGGUAGGGCAUCUUUUUUAAGAUUUUUGGUGGGUAUGGGAAGUGACGGGCAGGUGACCCUGAGUCUGCGGAAGGGGUCGAAAAAUCGGGAUCUACCUAUUUUUUCAAUUGUUUUUUGAAUUUUUUACAGUAGUGCGCCUAGCCUAUUCUCAUUCAUAGAGUUGAGUUUUGCUACCUUUUCAGGUGUUUUCCGCCGCCCUAGCAAUUCAGGAUCGAUUUCGAGCAGCGCGUGGCAAGUCAAUCCGAGUGCUAGUGAUCGAAGCUUCAGAGCCCCAUCUUCUGGCCACAGAGAUGGGUCACCCAGCCAAAAACUGAUCAAUGCCCGAAUGUUUUCCGAAUCCGAGGUUGAGGAACACAAUCAACUGCCGCCUAGCACUGAAGUGUUCAAGGAAGCCAACUACAGACCCAGCAAAAGAUUCUCAAAGGCUUCGGUUGCGGAUUCGCCGGCUUCGGGUGGAACUUUAGGUAAGUUUAAGGGGGUUUUGAAUGGGCAGGAAGGGUAGGGCUAAUUUAUAAUGUGUUUUAUGAUAGAGCAAGGUUAGGUAAGGUAUGGUAAUUUAUGAUAAGUAAGGUAAAAUAAGGUAGUAUAAGCAGGGACGUCGUUUGGUGGCAGGGGGGGUACCCCUCAGAGCCGAUCCGAAAAAAAUUGCACAGGUAGGUGUACCUGUACGCGGAAAAACGAAAAAAAAAAUUUUCGAUUCUCCCCUCAUUGAGGUAUAGAAUGGUAAAAUACGUCGUUUAUUGAAGCUAUAGUAAUGUACGGUAAGGUAUAGUUGUGUAGAGUCAGGUAAAGUAUAGUAAGAUAUGUUCAUGUAGGGUGAGUUACAGUAUGUUAAGGUACGGUAGGAUAAGGUCAGGUUUGUGCUACUUGACUUACCAUAAUAUAGAGCACGGUAUGUGUAAUACAUUAAUGAUUGUAUUUUUGUCAGGUCCAUUCCGUCGUCCCAGCAAUCCAGGAUCGAUUUCAAGCAGUGCAUGGCAAGUGAAACCCAACUCUGAGAACUCGACGACCUACUUCACAACCAACAGAAGCGAUUCUCGGGAUUCUGAAGCGUCUACGCUUUCUUCACGUAUCAUGAAAAAGAGACUUAUGGAGUAGGUUUGGCUUUAUUAACUCGAAUUUUAAGUUAUUCACCAUGCUUUAAAAACUCGGAUUUUCAUUAUGAAUUUUAGGGGCGGCACCAGCAGCACCAACGUCGCAACGGCCCGAGACGCCAGCACCUCGAGUUCAAAGAGCACCGACGGCGCCCGUUCUCAAUAUUGUGCUCCGUCUAGUGCCAACUCUAAUCGCUCUACCUAUGUCUACGACACGCGCAAAGGAAAGCGUUGA